AUGGUUGGGAUGAUCAUGAAGUCACAAGACCAGCAUUUGGCCGAAGCCUUUCGGGGCCCCUUUCCGGAGGGAGCAGAGACACGCCGAAGCCAAACGACUCAUCUGGAUCUGAGCGGAAACCUCCGAUGGCUAGUCAACGACGAUGGUCCGCCCUCGCGGCGAUUAUCCCCCUAUGUCGGUCCUCUCGUCCACGCCCUCAAAAGCGCAGGUCACCUCGUUUCCGUUGCCAUUCCUGCAGCAUCCCGCUCUUGGAUCGGCAAAGCCCACAUCAUCGAAGCACCUCUGAAAGCAACCUAUGUGCCGCCAGCCGCGUUCCGCAACGACGGCACCUGGGACGAACUCCAUGAAGUGGACUCUGAAUCUGAAAGCGAAACAGAAUGGCCCUGGGUGGUCAUCACCAAUGGCACUCCCGCAGCUUGCGUGCAACUCGGCCUCUUCAACCUCUUUACUGACCGGCCGCCCAUCGACCUCGUAAUCUCAGGUCCCAACCACGGCCGCAACGCAUCAACUAUCUACAAUUUAUCUUCAGGGACUGUAGGAGGUGCGCUCGAAGCCGCGACCUGUGGAAAGCGCGGAGUUGCCGUUUCCUUCGGCAGCAAGGACGAGCAACCCAUGGAUAUUAUUGAGGCUGCGGCGCGGCUAGCUGUGCGGAUUGUGCACCAUCUGAUGGAGAACUGGGAUGAAAGAGUUGAGCUUUAUAACCUGAACAUUCCGAUGCGGCUUGAUGUUGAGACGAGACCGGUGCUGUACACGCGGACCUUGCCAUAUUAUUGGUCGAGAGGAUGUCUGUAUGCGGAGGUUGGUGGUCAUGGAGCUGCGGAGGCAGGUGUGGGUGUGAAGAAGGCGAUGACAAAUGGUAUCACAAAUGGCCAUGCUCAUGUGAACGGGGAGGCGGAGAAGGAAAAGGUGACGGAUAUUGAGACGCUCAGCAAUGGUGUGCAGACGAACGGAACCAAGCCAACCUCGACCCUCAGAUCGCGCGAUUUCAAGUGGUCCGCUGAGCUCACGGACAUGAAGAAAGCCCUGCAGGCCAGUGAAGAGGGUACAGACGCUCAUACUGUGUUAAACGGGAGCACCAGUGUGACGCCUCUCUGCGCAAACUUCUGGUAUGUACCGGGGUUAGAGGGGCCUUUGCAUCUUUGA